AUGCAAGCCCUGCUCGCCCCAACGAUGAGUGGAACGAAAGGUCAAAUGGAGGAGAAACAUGCUCCGGAAAUUGUCCCCAGAGAAGGGGCCAAAAACAAAAAAAAACUCCGCAGCUUCCACUUUUUGAAAAAAAAAAAUGAAGAGCGUAGUGCCGAUAAUAAUAGAAGCAUGGAGCACAUGUUUUCAUCCAGUAUGAGUGAUUACGCUUCCUUGAAGAAUAAUCAGAAGGAAGUGACUAACGGAAAAGUAUCCAAGUCUCAUGUACGCGAUUUGGAAAUCCCCAAUGUCAGGGUGAAAAAUAAAUUUCAAUGUGUUCAUGUGCAUGGCGCGGAGAAUAAUUCUCCAAAUCUGCGUCUUCAUGAAUCUAGUGAACGGGAGGAUGCUGCCCUCCCCCAUGAUUUAAGCGGCGGGUCAAACAGGCACAGGCAUAGCUCAAAUCAUGGUGCAAGUAAUGGUGCUAGUCAUGAUAGUAAUCACCAUGUUGGUCGUCAUGGCGCUAGCCACAAUGUGAAUAACAACAAGAGUAAUAACCCCAAUAAUGGUCUAUCGGAGAUGCCACCCAGUCCGCACUCUGUCCACGAUGAGGACGAAAAUGCCUCCCUGAGGGAUCAUUCUGCUCUUCCAACUACAUUCAGAAGAAAUGAAGAGCUGGAAGAAAAUCAUUCCAGAGGCGUCGCCAUUGAGGAAGAACCAAAUGGACAGUCAUUGGACAUCGUUUCUGGAAAUGCCGACGAGAUGGAAAAUGUUACGCGAGGCAUCGGAGGGAAUGGAAAUAUUAUCUGCGAGAAUGCCCCUAUUGAGAACAACCCCCGUAGUGAGAAUCGACUAAACGAAGGCAUAGUACCUCCUAGUGGAGGAAACAUAGGAAGGCAAAACGAUCUUUUGGCAAGUAUGCAAAACCAAAACCGAAACGAGGCGCAGAAUGACCCAAGUCGAAGUAGAAAUUCGGCAGAAAACACAUCGAAUACAGAGGAGUUAGACUAUUACGUGUUAACGAUAGGGGACUUAAGAAAUACGCACGUGAAUGAAAGCGAAUACGAAAAUGAAGAAGGGCUUGAGCUAGCUUUUUAUCAGAGAUGCUUUAUCGGGAAAAUACUAGGGUAUGAGAUAAAGCCAAAUUUUGAAGAAUAUAAUUUAAAUAAAGCCAUUAGAAUAAUUCUGUUCAUCUUUGUAAUGUUGGCACUUUUUAGUAUGGAAUUUGCCCUACUGUAUAAUAACCUAUUAAAAGUAAGGGUAGCAGAAAAUGAGUUUUUGCUAGUCGAAUCAAAUUACAAUAGCGCCUUCUUAAAUAAUUUUCUGUUUCAGUUUAAUGAGAAGGAACUAAAAACGUGGCACCUAACGAAUGACAUGAUAAGGGACGAAAUAUCCAAUGGGAAUUUUACACUCCACAACAAUAUGUGUGAAGUGGUUAACAAAUUAAAUAUAAAAUGUGACCAUUUGUUAGAAUUCUACAAUUCGAAUGAUGAAAAAAAUAAGAAAAAAAUAAUCGAAAAUUCUAUUCAUUUGUAUGACGAACUGAGCAAGAGAAAUAUGUCCAUUUAUAGGGUAAAGGAAUCUUUGCUAAGUCCAUGUAAAAAUAUAAGUUCAAAUACGCUCACUGGAGGAAGUAAUUACGUAUUCCUAUUUGUAUCUGAAAAGAAGCAUUUAAAAGUUAGCACCAUCUUUUUAAUACUGACGGUUUUUUUCUUCUGCAUGCGCAUCGCCCUAAUUUUGUCAAGAAUUCUGUACGAUUUUGUGUUAUUUCUAUGCUUCAAGAAUUACCGACUGUCGAUAGAGAGCAAAAGAAGGUACCUUGCCAAAUAUAUGUGGUCAGUGAGUACCAUUUUAUUUUUAGAGAUCAUCUUAGGUGGUGACUGCGUAACUUGGUGGCUACACGAUAUCGACCCUAUUUUCAAUUACUACUUUCAAUAUUUCUUAUGGUACAUAACUCUGUUCUGCUUAUUGUCGUAUGUGUUACACAGAGUAUUCAGAAAAUAUGCAUUAAGAAAUGAGAGUGACAAUUGCUCUUCAGCUUCGUUCUCCAUGCAGUAUGUGCACGAUUUUCUGUUCGGGGUUAACAUUGUCUUUGCCUGUCUAUUUAUCCUAUUCAAUAUAAGCAAGGCCACCGUUAUCACUAUUAUCCUCACUGACAUAGUGCUCUUCAUAGACAUUCUAAAUGAUUCCUACAUAGAACAAAUACGACUAACCAAUUUUGGAGAUUUCCCAUCAAACCGCCAAAGAAAAAAAAAAUUACACAUAAUUGAAAGUAGCAAAAAGAAUGGAAAGAAGUUUACUCUAGUUAGACUAAAUGAGCACAUUUAUCGGGACAUCACCCAGGAGAGUAACACAGGAGAGCGAGAAAGCAAAAGCAAAAUUGACUUCACUGAGAAUAAUAAAGGCGAACUGAAAAAAUCGUGGUACAUAAAAAACAAAAUCUUUGACUUGAACAAUUUAUUUAGUAGGCGAAAUAUAAAGAAGAAAAAAAUUCAAAAAAAUGACACCAUCAAUGGGAAAGAAAUCGAGGAGGGGAACGAUAAUAAUAGUAAGGACGAAAAUCAAAACCAUGUUGAUAAUGAAAAAUAUGACAGUGUAGAAAACAACACAGGUACGUCAUCCUUGGAGUAUUGCGAAAUCUGCGAUGAACGCUUUAAAAAUGUGGUGCUCUAUCCCUGUAUGCAUGGAGGAUUUUGCGAAACAUGCAUACGGUCCAUGAUAUUUAAUUCACUCAAAUUGAAGGAUUCCUUCCCCAAUUGUCCUCUUUGCCGAGACUCCAUUAAGAAUGUCUACAAAAUAUCUUACGAGGAUAGUCAGAAGAAAGUCCAAGCCGUCACGAUACUUACUAUCCGUGUGAAGCAAUGA